UCUACCUCUGACUCACUCACACACAAACCUCUCUUGUUGUAACUAGUGGCAGCAACACAAACACAAGCAGCUUCACUGUUAAAUGUCUGUUUCUGUGUGGUUGAUGCUCUUGAUUUAAGACAGGUACAUGAACACACACUAAUGUAGUUUCCCAAACCCUCACUCAAAAACUAGGUAAACCAGUCUCUCUUUAUCGAUAAUCAACCAUGAAACUCUUGCAGACAUUGGUACGGUUACCCUUCACAACAACAUCACCACCAGCAUCAUCAUGGCACAGUCAAAAUUCCAUCUUGACCUCAAAUUCCAAAAGGGUCUCUGCGUUUGGCCGCAAAGGUCCUAGAUUUCCAAACUGCGCAUGCACCAGCUCAGGACCUGCAGUUUCUUCACCUGCGUCGAAUCCUUCGACGCAAUUUGCUGCUUCUGAUUCUGGUUUUGAUCCAGUUGUAACUCAGACGGAGUCAGGGUAUCAUGACAGAGUAGAGGAGGGCAUUGAGAAGGUGAUUUAUAGAUUUCGGUUUAUGGCUAUUCUUGGAGUUUUCGGCUCUUUGUUUGGAUCUUUUCUAUGUUUUAUGAGGGGCUGCACAUUUGUUGCAGAGUCAUUUAUGAAAUACCUUGUAGACCGCACUAAAGUAAUCCAAAUGCUGAUAGAAGCUGUGGAUGUCUAUCUUUUAGGAACUGUUAUGCUGGUCUUUGGAAUGGGUCUCUAUGAGCUCUUUGUCAGUACUCUUGACAGUGCAAGCUCUCUGUCAGAUAAAAAACCUUCUGGCAGAUCAAAUCUCUUUGGCUUAUUCACUCUAAAGGAACGGCCGAAAUGGCUGGACAUUAAUUCUGUGAAUGAACUGAAAACCAAGAUUGGUCAUGUCAUAGUGAUGCUGCUUCUGAUUGGGUUGUUUGACAGAAGUAAGAAGGCUGCUAUAAACACUCCAGUGGAUUUGCUAUGCUUCUGUGCUUCCAUCCUUUUUUCUUCUGGUGGCCUCUUUUUGCUGUCUAAACUGUGAGGCUAGAUUAAAAGUGAUACAUAUACCUGCAUAAGAAAAGGGUAGGUAUCCUUUAUAUGUAUUCUUAUUCUGUAUAUAUUAGGAAGAAUAUACAGUGCACUUAAUCAAAGCCAUGAAUGAGGUUAAUUGGAUUUGGACCUAAUCCAGUUCAUGCACAUUCUUGAGUCCUAGCCGUAAACCUUGGUUGUCAUAUAGAAUGAUAAACUCUUCUAUACACGAGUUAAGUACAUUAGCUAAACGAUGUUAAUUUUUUUGUACUCUAAAUCUUUGCAUGACAUAAAUAUCUAAUAUUUUAAAGCAAUGAUUUAUUAGUAA